AUGAGAAAGUCAAACGUCUUCAGUCCAGAGGCAGCACUGCCCAGGAUGUCCUGGAGUGCAGCGAAUCUGUACAACCUCAUCGCUCGGUCGCAAAACCCCACACUGGCAGGGCAGACAUCGUUCGUCGGGUCAACGACGGCGAUGACCAUGUACCAGCAGCGUUGGCGGUCCAAGCGACUCCUUCGAGGCUACCAUGGUGACCACAUCCCCGAGAGACGAUUCAAGCGGUGGUUCCUACCCACAGACCUACCCUCAUAUCAGAACCCAGCCGCCUCUGGAUCCAAGACACCGCGAGUCGGCGGCAUGUUCCAGGGUGUGAGAAGGAAUGUCAGGGAGGGAGGUGGUAACCCAGCUGAGCAGGAGGGCAAGAUGCCCAUUGCCAGUCUCUUCGUGCGCGAGGUCGAGAGGAGGCUUGAUACAGCCGUCUUCCGGAGUUGCUUCGCUACUAGCAUCUACGAGGCCAGGUCACUCGUAGUGCAAGGUAAAGUCAAGCUCAAUGGUGUCAGACUCACCGACCCAAACCACCUCCUGCAACCCUCUGAUCUCGUCUCAGUGGAGGCAUCUUCAAUACCCAUGCUCAAAGCUGGAGCUCGCAAAAGUGAAACUGACAAUAGGCACAAUGAGAAGAGGCGAGCAAAGCAGAGCGAGAGGCGUGACAAGCGGAAGGAGGCAGAGGGUGAAGCAGCUGUGGCAGAAGGCGCAAGUGAGGGAGAGGCUUCCGUCGAGCCCACUACCGAGACGCAGGAGCCUGCAAGUAGCAGUGAGAACGUCAAGGCAACUUCAGAGGCAUCAUCUGCGACAGACAAGGCCACACAGGUGAAGACUUCCACAUUCCAGCAGCAGAAGAGCGCAGCUCCACUCCCGCCAGGAGUCUUCCACUUCCAGUUGCCCCAAUUCGCCGCGCCCCACCUCUUCGUCCCCCCUUAUCUGGAGGUUUCCUUUUCCACCUGCUCCUUCAUCUACCUCCGCCACCCUACCCUCCUCUCCCCACCCGCAAAUAACUUCUCGCGGGGCGACAACGACCGCACUUCACCUCCAACGAGCACCUCGGACAUCCCUUCUCCUUACCCAGCCAACUCCGAACUCUUUUCACUCGCCUGGGAGCACUAUGCCAAGAAUGCCCCUCGUGUCCGUGGGGAAAUGAGGCGGACAAAGGUCGAGGCAAAAGUGGGACGUCAUGGCUUUGAGACUGCCAGGAAAAAGGAUGAAUGGAACAGGCUCGUGGCGGUUAGGAGGGGUUGGUUGAGGGUGAUUGGCGAGAGGGAAAAGCAAGGUCAGCGCACUGCCGGCGCUAAAGUCGUUGGUGGGAGGAAGAGGAGAGAUCGAGUGGGCAGAACGAUGAAGGCGAAUCUGUGA